GAAAAGUCAGGUUUGGUUGAAUUCUCUUUUGUUCCUAAUAAUAAAAAUUAGAAUUCCCUAUAUCCAAAGUCUGAGAAUGGAAACAGCUUUUUGCAUUGUAGCCCACAAAAUAGUAUGACUUGUGUUGUUCAAAAAAUAUUGUCAUUACCCAUUUCUUAAAUUCUACUGUGAACAGUCAGGUGAUUGUAGUCACAAUUUCCUUUUAGGAGACUUUCAUCGAAAACUGCCACGAACUCCAUCCAGCGGAACCAUGUCUUCUGCAGAUGAUCUAGAUGAAAGAGAACCACCUUCCCCCUCAGAAGCUGGACCCAAUUCCCUUGGAACAUUUAAGAAAACAUUGAUGUCAAAGGCAGCUCUCACUCACAAGUUUCGAAAAUUGAGGUCCCCCACAAAAUGUAGGGAUUGUGAAGGCAUUGUAGUAUUCCAAGGUGUUGAAUGUGAAGAGUGUCUCCUUGUUUGUCACCGUAAGUGUUUGGAAAACUUAGUCAUCAUUUGUGGUCAUCAGAAACUUCCAGGGAAAAUACACUUAUUUGGAGCAGAAUUCAUACAAGUUGCAAAAAAGGAACCAGAUGGCAUCCCUUUUGUACUCAAAAUAUGUGCCUCAGAGAUUGAAAAUAGAGCCUUGUGUUUACAGGGAAUUUAUCGUGUAUGUGGAAACAAAAUAAAAACUGAAAAACUGUGUCAAGCCUUGGAAAACGGAAUGCACUUCGUAGACAUUUCAGAAUUUAGUUCACACGACAUUUGUGAUGUCUUGAAAUUAUACCUUCGACAGCUCCCAGAACCAUUCAUUUUAUUCCGAUUGUACAAGGAAUUUAUAGACCUUGCAAAAGAGAUCCAACAUGUAAAUGAAGAACAAGAGUCAAAAAAGGAUAACCCUGAGGACAAAAAAUGGCCGAGUACAUGUAUAGAAAUAAACAGAAUUCUUAUAAAAAGCAAAGACCUUCUAAGACAACUGCCAGUGUCAAAUUUUAACAGUCUUCAUUAUCUCAUAGUUCAUCUUAAGCGAGUCGUAGAUCAUGCAGAAGAAAACAAAAUGAACUCCAAAAACUUGGGGGUAAUAUUCGGACCUAGUCUUAUUAGGCCAAGGCCCACAACUGCUCCUGUCACCAUCUCCUCUCUCGCCGAAUACUCAAACCAAGCCCGGUUGGUGGAAUUCCUCAUCACUUACUCACAGAAGAUCUUCGAUGGAUCCCUGCAGCCACAAGAGGUGGUCGUGUAUAGUACAGGUGGUGGUGUACCUCAUGUUGAUCAAGGUUGCCUUCCAAAGCCUCUUUUAUCACAAGAGGAAAGAGACCCAGAACAUUCUAUGAAGACACUGUUUUUCUCUUCAAAGGAGGAUAUGCACACUGUGGAUAGUGAGACCAAAAUUUUUGAGCCAGCUACAUCAUUUGAGGAAUCAGAACGGAAGCAAAAUGCAUUAGAAAAAUGUGAUACGUUUCUCAUUGACAACAAAGUGGGUCUGCUUGUAAACCAAGAGCUUGAGUCAGCAUCACAAAAGAUGGAAGAUAUCUGUAAAACUUCCAAGCCACUUACUUUGAAAUCAGAAAGGGAAACAAACAGUGUUGAAAGGCAUGCUCCACGGACCAAAGUUAGACCCGCAAGUUUGCCUGUAGAUAGACUACUACUUCUUGCAAGCCCUCCUAAUGAGAGAACUGUCAGAAAUAUGGGAAAUGUAAAUUCAGACAAGUUUUGCAAGAAUCCUACCUUUGAUGGAGUUAGUAGGAAGGAUAUUCCUACUAUUGUCUGUUCCAAAUUGGACGGUUUUGACCAGCAAACUCUACAAAAAACUCGGGAGAGACAGUAUGAACAAAAUGGCCUCAGUGCUAAGACUGCAGCGGGAAUGGGAACUGUGAGCGUCAGGAUCGGUGGGGACCAGCCAGACAGCGCCCCCUGGCCCAGUAAGCCAUACACAGAACCAGUCAGGUCAGUGAGACAGGUGUCAGAGAGACGGUCCUCUGACUCCUGCCCUCCUGCGGCUGUCAGAGCACCCCGAACGCUGCAGCCCCAACACUGGACCACGUUUUACAAACCACGUGCUCCCACCAGCAGCCUGCGAGGGGAUGAGGAGAGGCUCACAACCCCCUCCCCAGCACUGCCUCCCAGCACAGUCCCCACCCCCCAGGGACCCCUGCUAAAAACAGUCCCAGCCUCCGACAAGGCACCUGCUGCCUCCACGCAGUCCACCAGCAAGCCGGGAGAGAACUCUGAGGAGCGGGACUUGCUGGAAGUGCCUCCCGCGUGUCAGAGACCGAGACUAAAACGAAUGCAACAGUUUGAAGACCUGGAAGACGAAAUCCCACAGUUUGUGUAGGGUUGUCAGAAUCCAGCUUUUCUUUGUUGUUUUUUAUUUUGUGGUAUUGUGUUUGUUUUGUGAAAGAAACUUCUGACAGGGCCCCUUCUUUACAGUAUUGCCACAUCAUGGGUUUUGCUUUUUGUCCUUGUAUCGUGUUAUACUGCGUUGGUCAUAUUGAAUGGUAGACUGUCUUGAUAGGGCCCCCAUCUGCGCCUCACUGGAAUUCUCUGUAUUUUUAAAGUUGUGAAUAAAUAGGUGGACUCAUGUUUUUUAAAGUUUAGUUGAUUUUUCCCAUAAAAUGGUCCAUUUAAAUGCAUCCCUAAUAUAUGAUAUAGUUCUCAACUAAUAGGUGCAAUUGGGGAAAAUCUGCUUUAUUUUUUGAAGUGAAACUACGUUGCUUAUUUAUAAAAGGACUAUUUCUGAAUGCAAGUGCCUGAAAGAUCUUUGUCUGGUAUGGUUGUUUUGUUCACAUGAUUUUAUAGUGUGCAUCUUUGACCUCUCAUAUGUAUGUAACCUUUUAUUUUUCAAUUGGCAAUUCACCUAUUAAUAUUUACACAAUGGCCAAAAGGCUUGCAAAUUCUGUAUUUAAUUUCAUUUUGAUUAAUGGCCAGAUUUUCCAUGUGGUAGUUAGUUGAACUGUUCAAAGAAAGUACACUUAAACUUGUUUCUAAAUUACAUAGUUCAGUUUUGUCUUAUUCGGAUUUAGAUGGUUUUAACACAUUUUAUAUCUUUUCACCUCUCGCCUUGUUCUAUAUAAACUUGUUUUUCAACAGUUCUGAACGUUUUGGUAUUUUAUACAUUGGUCCAAAAAUGUUUUAAAAUUCAGUGCAUUUCCUCUUCAUGUUGUCUGGGAUUUUUUUUUUUUUUUUAAAACCACUACUUUGGUAUAAAAUGUUUUUACUUUUAAGUAAUUUUAUGUACUUUUUCUACCUGAAUUUUUAGCCAUUGACAAUGUAUGUUUCAUCCAAAUCAUGCAGAGAUUUUAUUUAAGUUGAUUCUAAGUAUAAUUUGGCAAGCCUCAUUGUUUGGAAUUUGAGAAAAAGUAUAGAUUGGAUGGAUAUAUUUCAUUUAUAAAAUUCCUAGUUUUUAGAACUAGUGCAGUUCUGUGAUUUUCUGGGUUACAUCAUUUUGCCUAAAACAGGAUAUAAAAGGGACAAAAAAAUUAAAACAGCCUUUUUUUCUAUGUGUGAA